AUGGCGGCACGAGACUCCAGCUGCUGCCUGCUGCUGCUGGGCCUGGCCAUGCUCACCCUCCUGCCGCCUGCCGCCACCCAGCCACCACCUGCUGCCCUCCGUGCCGGCCACGCCGCCUCCUCGCUGCCUGCCACUGCUGCCGCAUCGUGCACCAGGUACCUUUUGUAUGAUGUAAAUCCUCCUGAAGGGUUCAACCUUCGCAGAGAUGUCUAUAUUCGCAUUGCUUCCCUUCUAAAGACCUUGCUGAAAACUGAAAAUUGGGUGUUAGUUCUGCCUCCCUGGGGACGUCUUUAUCACUGGCAGAGCCCUGACAUCCUUCAGGUCCGGAUCCCCUGGUCUGACUUCUUUGACAUCCCAAGCCUCAACAAGAACAUCCCUGUCAUUGAAUAUGAGCAGUUCCUUGCAGAGUCAGGUGGGCCCUUUAUUGAACAGAUUUAUGUCCUACAAGGCUAUGCAGAAGGAUGGAAAGAAGGAACAUGGGAAGAAAAAAUAGAUGAAAGGCCAUGCAUUGAUCAGCUUAUGUACUCCAAAGACAAACACGAGUACUACAGGGGAUGGUUCUGGGGUUACGAGGAAACACGGGGCCUAAAUGUCUCUUGUUUAUCAGUCCAAGGAUCUGCCUCCAUUGUGGCUCCCAUCCUUUUGAAGAACACUUCAGCACAGUCAGUGAUGUUAGACAGAGCUGAAAACCUUCUUCAUGACCACUACGGAGGGAAAGAUUAUUGGAAUACCCGUCGGAGCAUGGUGUUUGCUAAACACCUCCGUGUAGUGGGAGAUGAGUUUAGAAACAAUUAUCUUCAAUCCACAGAUGAGGCAGACAGGACUCAUUACAAGGAGGACUGGACACAGAUGAAGGUUAAGAUGGGCACAGCUCUAGGUGGUCCAUACCUUGGGGUUCAUCUCAGAAGGAAAGACUUCAUUUGGGGUCACAGAGAAGAUGUGCCUUCCCUACAAGGAGCAGUAAAGAAAAUCCACAGCCUCUUGGAGAUGCAUAAACUUGAAAAAGUUUUUGUAGCCACUGAUGCUGUUGAGGAAGAGAUUGAAUUGCUCAAGAAACUGCUGCCUGAGAUGGUGAGGUUUCAACCCUCUUGGGAGGAGCUGGAACUCUACAAAGAUGGGGGCUUGGCCGUGAUUGACCAGUGGAUCUGCGCGCAUGCAAGGUAUUUUAUAGGAACCUCAGUUUCAACGUUUUCCUUCCGGAUCCAUGAGGAAAGGGAGAUCUUGGGAUUUGAUCCAAAAACAACUUACAACCGAUUUUGUGGUGAAAAAGAACAAAACUGUGAGCAGCCAACUCACUGGAAAAUUGUGUACUAAAAUACAGAGAAAUCCAUAGUCUUCAA